GUCUCAGUCUCCAGGGCGCUGGAAGGUGACUGUCAGGGCUUCCUCCUGUCCCCAGUUUCACGUCUCACAACCUGUGUCGGGUCCUCCUUCCUGGAUACUGGUGACUCACCCCAGGGCUCAUCCCCAUUGCCUGGAGGGCUCCAGAGCAGCCAAUCAGCAGCCCCGCGGCUCCCGUUCCAAAGCCCCCACCCACCCGCCGGGACUCCGUCUCCCCAGCCCGGGUGGGGGCACGUCCUGGGGGAUGGGGGGCGCAGCCCUCCUGCUCCUGCUCGCGGUGGCCGCGGCCCCGAGGGAGACCCGGGCGGGCCCCCACUCCCUGAGGUUUUUCCACACCGCGAUGUCCCGGCCCGGCCUCGGGGAGCCCCGCUUCAUCUCCGUGGGCUACGUGGACGACACGCAGUUCGACCGCUUCGACAGCGACUCCCCGGGCCAGAGCUUGGAGUCCCUGACGCCCUGGGCAAAGCAGGUGGAGCAGGAGAAGCAGGAGGAGCGGGUCGAGGACACACUGAUCCUAAGGGGCCACGCACUGUGGUACCGAGAGCAGCUGCACAUCUUGCGCGGCCUCUACAACCAGAGCGAGACCGGCUCUCACACCUUCCAGAGGAUGUCUGGCUGCGACGUGGGGCCCGACGGGCGCCUCCUCCGCGGGUACAGACAGUUCGCCUACGAUGGCGCUGAUUACAUCGCCCUGAACCCGGACCUGCGCUCCUGGACUGCAGCGGACACGGCCGCUCAGAUCACCCGGCGCCAGUGGGAGGCCCAGGGUGAGGCAGAGAGAUUCAGGAACUAUUUGGAGGGCAGGUACUUGACGUUGCUGCACACAUGCCUGAAGUACGGGAAGGAGACUCUGCAGCGCACGGAUCCCCCAAGGACACGUGUGACCCACCACCCCACCUCUGAGUUUGAGGUAACCCUGAGGUGCUGGGCCCUGGGCUUCUACCCUGCGGACAUCACCCUGACCUGGCAGCGAAAUGGGGAGGACCUGACCCAGAAGAUGGAGCUGGUGGAGACCAGGCCUGGAGGAGAUGGAACCUUCCAGAAGUGGGCAGCUGUGGUGGUGCCUUUUGGAGAGGAGCAGAGAUACACGUGCCACGUGCAGCAUGAAGGUCUGCUGGAGCCCCAAGUCCUGAGAUGGGUGCCCCCUUCUCAGUCCUCCAUCCUCACUGUGGGCAUCAUUGCUGGCCUGGUUCUCCUUGGAGCUGUGCUCACUGGAGCUGCGGUGGCUGCAGCUGUGAUGUGGAGGAAGAAGCACUCAGGAUUAAAAGAUUCCUUUAGAUCUUCUGAUCUGACUGCUCCCUGGUCUCCCAUGAUGCUUCUUCCCACAGGAGGACAAGGAGGAAGCUCCACUGAGGCCUCAGGCAGCGACAGUGCCUAGGGCUCUGAUGUGUCUCUCAGCCCCUAAAGAUCUUUUGCAAUGAACCUGAUGAGGCUCCUGUUGUGCACACCGUGGACAGCAGGGUGAUGGUGUCACUGUUGUUCUUAACUGUGAUAUUGAGCAUUUGUUCAUAUUUUUAUUUUUCUAUGUCUACAUAAGCUGC